AUGGCUGCACCAGUACGGUCCCUCCUCAAGUCGCGUCCUUCUCUGCUACGAACGGCAGUUCCCGCCAUUCGUUUUUCGUCGACUUCUUCAAAAUCCGUUUCGCUGAAGGAACGUCUCGCAGAGCUCAUUCCUGCAGAGAUUGAAAACGUCAAGGCCACUCGCGCCGAGCAUGGCAAAAAAGCCUUUGGCCCUGUUGUGGUUGACCAGCUCUAUGGUGGUAUGAGAGGUCUUCCUGCCCUCAUCUGGGAUGGUUCCGUUUUGGAUGCGGAGGAGGGAAUCCGCUUCCGUGGGAAAACUAUCCCAGAAUGCCAGGCGCUCUUGCCCAAGGCACCGGGAGGAUCGGAACCUUUGCCCGAAGCCCUCUUCUGGCUUUUGGUCACUGGCGAGGUCCCUACUCAAGAACAGGUGACCGAACUUUCAAAAGAUUGGGCGGCUCGCUCGGCCAUUCCUGAGUUCGUGGAGGAAAUUUUGGAUCGAUGCCCUCCCACGCUCCAUCCCAUGAGUCAAUUCAGCUUGGCUGUGACAGCUUUAAAUCACGAUUCCGCAUUCGCCAAAGCCUAUCAAGCUGGCGUUUCAAAGAAAGAGUACUGGGGGCCAACGUUUGAGGACUCGAUGGACCUCAUUGCCAAACUACCCAAUAUUGCUGGUCGCAUCUACCGCAAUGUUUUCGGUCAAGGUAAACUGCCAGCCAUCGACCCCUCCAAGGAUUAUUCCCAUAACCUUGCUACUCUCCUGGGAUUCGGCGAGAAUCAUGGCUUUGUUGAACUUUUGCGCCUCUACCUCACCAUCCAUAGUGAUCACGAGGGCGGAAACGUCUCGGCCCAUACUGGCAAAUUGGUUGGCUCUGCUCUUUCAGAUCCCUUCCUUGCAUACGGAGCAGCCUUGAACGGUUUAGCUGGGCCUUUGCACGGCCUUGCAAACCAAGAAGUUCUGAUCUGGCUGCGAAAGAUGCAGGCCAAGAUUGGCGAAGAUGCCUCUGACGAGGCCGUGAAGGAAUACAUUUGGUCGACUCUCAAGGCUGGCCAGGUGGUUCCAGGUUACGGUCAUGCUGUUUUGAGAAAGACAGACCCUCGGUAUACCGCUCAGCGCGAGUUUGCCUUGAAACACUUGCCUGAAGACAAGCUGUUCAAACUCGUCGGUCAAAUUUAUAAUCUUGUUCCAGAUAUUUUGCUCGAGGCUGGCAAAGCCAAGAACCCUUGGCCCAACGUCGACGCUCACUCUGGCGUUCUUCUGACAUACUAUGGCCUUGAUCAAAUGCAAUUCUACACUGUUCUCUUCGGAGUGUCUCGUGCCUUCGGUGUUGCUGCUCAGUUGAUUUGGGAUCGUGCUCUUGGUGCUCCAUUGGAGCGCCCGAAAUCCUACUCAACCGCUGCCAUCCAAAAGAUUUUCAAGGAUAAGUCUUAACUUACCUAUCAUCCAGUAGAGCGUGCCGAGUACAUAGUAAUCUGUUAUUUUACAUUCUAAUGAGUACAUGAAUCUCAUGCAUGUCGAACCCG